AUUUAAUGAGUUAAUCAGCUGCAGAAAUUAGGAACGUCAUCAAAUCUUUAGAGAAGAUUGCCUAAUAAUUAGAAGGUGGUACUCCAACUUAAUAGUAAAGUCCACAAUCAUUAGCUGAAUUACAGCCAUUUAAGGAUAAGCUUAAUCUCUUUGUUGAGGCUUCAAAGGGCUUAUCUGAUUAAUCACUUAAGGACAUUGUAAUAUAGUAUUUUCAACAUCUAGACACCAAUAGUAACGAAAAUAUUUUCAAUAAUGGAGAAUGCAAUUUUACAUUCUACAAACACUAAAAAGCCAACUCCAGACUAAAUGAAAUAAAUCUAAAAGGUUAUUACUGAAUAGGUGAAUAAAAUUGCUAAGUUUUAAACACCUGCUCUAUAAUAUUAAGUAAAGGCAAUCAUUGAAGGUUGCUAAGCAGCUUUUUGGGUGACUUUAGAUGGACCUAAGAUUUAAGUUGAGAGUGCCAUCGAAUCUGCUGAGUUUAAUGGAUUUAAACUUAAAUAAUAGAAGGUAGCAGAGGUGUCUAAAUGGUAUGAUGCUUUUAUUGGGGCAUUAAAGUGGUUGCCAGGUACUAUGUAUUUCUUAAAAAGAUUUUGUAAUAACAAACUAUAAAAUGGGGUUAGAGUGGAAUGGUAAAGGAGCUCUAACUUUCGAAUAAUAUUUUGCAGCUCUUACUUAAGAAAAAACUCAUGGUGCUCCUCCUCCUCCUCCAAAAGGUCCACCUCCUCCUCCUCCUCCUCAAUUUGCAGCUCCUGCUCAUCAAGCUGACAGUGGUGAUUCUAGAGGAGCCUUAUUUGCAGAAUUGAAUGUUGGAGCAGACAUCACUAAAAGUAAUUUUCAAUGUUAUAAUCAGGAUUAAAACCAGUAUAGAAAAAUGUUGAAAAAUAAGACCCUUUAUAGCCUACAACAGCAAAAUAAUAGCAGUCAACUUAAUAAGCAGCAGCUCAGUAACCAAAGGAGCCUAAAAGAUAUUGUAAGGAAAAUUGGUUUUUGGAAAACUUUUAAAAUGAAAAGCUAAUUGAAUUCAAAGAUGAUGAAAUAGAGAUGAAAUAAUCUCUUUUUGUUGAAAAUUGCAAGAAUUGUGGAAUACUGGUUAAAGCAAAAGUGAAGUCAAUUUUUUUGUAAAAAUGUGAAAAAGUAGAAUUGGUUUUUGAUGUAAAUUUAUAAGAAAACUUUAGCAAACUAUUUCAGGAGUCGAUGUUGUGAAUUGUAAGAAAGUGAAAGUAACUUGUUUAACAAAGUAUAAAAAUUAACUAAAUUAGAUGUCCAAGCCUAAUGAUAAAUAAUUCUGAAUCUGUACUUAUGGCAUUCAAUGCAGAUAAGCAAUGCGAAAUAAUUUCUUCAAAGACCAUGGAUUUCAAUAUUACAUACUUAUAGGAGGAUGGAGAUUAUGCAGUAACAAAUCAAAAUUAUUAAUUAGAAAGACACUAAUAUAGCCGAACAAUUCUUAACUGUUUGGGACAAUGAUUCAGGAAAGUUUAUUACAAAGGCCUUAGACAUAUCCUUUGGAUGAGUAUAAUCAGAUAAAUAAUAAUAAAAAUAUCAUUC